CGGCGGGACACAACUCAGUCGAAGAAGAUUUGCUGCGGCACUCGUUCACCGCGCAAAUUGGGGGUUGUCAGAUGAACGAUGGCGAUGAUGGUGGGGCACGACAAAGGCUCACUGAUCACCUGUGCCAGUAACGUCUGCGAGGAUGGUGCGCACGAUCCAGGCCCACUGGCAAGCAAGAGGGUGUGCCACCACCCUACCCUCCGGUACACUGCCAAGGAAACACCACGAACGCACGCCCCGGCUGUCGCGGAUCUCCGGGAUCGGGAUCCCUUCGCAGGCCCACGGGACAACACGGCGGUGACUGGCAGAAAUGGAACAACACCAAGGCAUGCCACGACUCACAGGCCUGACUGAUGGCCAUGAACGUGUUCCAACACGUCCGCACACCAUGCCUGCAGCGUUGUCAACGCAGGCUGCCGCGCCCCACUCAAAUGCCUCCUCUUCGGUCAAUCCGUACGCCGAUCACAAGUCAACGAGCCCGGAGCCAUUUCGCCGUCAGCCCCCAUCAACGCAAGCCGUUCUGCACCCAACGCCGGCCCACGGGAACCCCUCCGCACGCCCGCACGCAACCCAGGCCGCACAGGCAACGCUAGCAACCAGCCCUCAGUCACAGGGGUUUCCGCCGCAGGCUCAGCCCACCCCAAUCCUCUCACGAAUUCCAAGUCAAGACACACGGUCAAACAGGGUUCUCAACUUUGGCGAGUCUGCUCCACGGAGCGGUGCAGACGGCGGCCCAUGGCCCGGCGUCAAUCAGCCACCACUGUACGGCGACCUCCAGCAUGGCAACCCGUCUUCGUUCCGCGACUUCCUUUCUCACCCUCAACACUCGACGAGCUCUUCCGCCAUGGGCCCCAACGCCACCAACGCCAUAAACGACCUUCUCCCUUCUGCUUUCCCGUUCUCGUUCGACGAGUCACAACUUCCUGGCAUCUCCAAUACGCCGCCAAGCUUUGGGGCACCUGCUGAGCUCACGGAACUGCCAAGUCCACCCAACCAAGAAGCGGCUUCUCGUCAGCUCGAGUAUGCAACCGACCGUCCCGCCACCGCGCCUCCGACCAUCCCCACAAUCCCCGCCACCGCCGCUUUCGCGACCACAACUACCACUCCCCCAACUCCCUCCUCCUUCUCCCCUUAUGCGUCCGCUUUGAUGACCGGACCCGCCACCCAGCGUGUGACACCUGACACGGGCGAAAACACCAACGCCCGCAGCAACGAUGCCGGUGACCACGACGAUAACAACAGGGAUGAGGAGGGGGACGAUCAUGACUGGGAAGACUGCGAUGAUGAUGAUGAUGAUGACGAUGAGAACAAUGACCACAACAAUGGCGGUGCUGAGGACGACCGUGCCGUGAGUCGCCAAAUGCACGCUGUACUUCAGGCACGGCGGCACCUGAAGCGGCUGCAGCGGGGCGCCAGGCGUUGGCUUGAUAUCACUCAUGUGAUGUCACUGCUUCCAUCCGAGGCUGACAUGACCCGGCUUCAACACGUUCUGGCCCGAGGCAUCACACUCAACGACACCGACACUCGCGCGCUCUCCCGCAGCACAUUCACAAGGAUUCGCCGGCGUAUGAAGCAGACUUAUCAACUGCUGUCACGACUUCGCCACCUCUUUGGCCUUUCUCGCCGCCGGGACCAGAACUGCAAGGCUCAGCGCAAGCAUCGUGGCCAAAACUAACACAAUCGCUCGUAGAAGGCACCUUCCGUGAUCCGGCCUGUCGAUGUCUUGUCUUGGCUCGUCUGGUCAGCACAAGCCCUCGUCUUCACGCGUCGCUUUGUAUGUCUUCAGCUGAGUUGUUGUGCAAACGCCGCUGCGUUUCCGCCAACACUCCCUCGCAGUUCUUCCUUGCGCUCGUUUUGUGCCGUUUCUCCCCUCUGCUUUUGUUCCUUCUUUCUCCCUCUUCCUGCUUUCUUUCUUUUCCCCCUCUUUGUGCUUCCUUUCUGCUUUCUUUCUUUCUUUUCCCCCUCUUCGUGCUUCCUUUCUGCUUUUCUCUCCCCCCCCCUCUCUCUCUCUUCUUGUUUCCGCAUUGCUGAUGUGCGUGCCUUCCCGUAGUCCCCUCCUUUCCAUUGCAUUUGUCACCAUGCAUCUGAUCGAAAAGCUCUUGCUUCAUGCUUGCUUGCUUGUGUUACUGUUCUUUCACUCGUUCUGCCGCUUUUGUAUUGCCAAACUCCCUUUCGACUGCACCUUUGCAUGGCCAUGCAUUGUUUGCUGCGUCGUUUACUUCCCCCGUCAAAAGAAAAUGUCUUCACAAAUGGCA